CCUUAUGACUAAGACUAACCUCCAUCUAGUCAUCUAUUUUCCCACUUUUCUACAACACUUCAAAAAUUAAAACACUUCUCUUUAUUUCAUCUUUCCCGCAAAUCAUAGGUUUCGAAACCCUAGAAAUUCAACUCUAAUCAAUUUUCAGAAGAUGAAGAUUAUGGUUGCAAUCAAGCGAGUCGUCGAUUACGCCGUCAAAAUCCGAGUUAAACCUGAUAAGAGUGGGGUGGAGACAAAGAAUGUGAAAAUGUCGAUGAAUCCGUUUUGUGAGAUAGCGUUGGAAGAGGCGCUUCGAAUAAAGGAGGCUGGUUUGGCGUCAGAGGUGGUGGCAGUGAGCAUGGGAUCAGCGCAGUGCGUCGAUACAUUACGUACGAGCUUAGCAAUGGGAGCUGAUCGAGCCAUACACGUCAAAUCAGUAUCGGAUCGUUUGUACCCUUUGAAUGUUGCCAAGUUGCUUAAGGCUCUUAUUGAUGUUGAGAAGCCAGGGCUUUUAAUUCUUGGCAAACAGGCUAUCGAUGAUGACUGUAACCAAACUGGACAGAUGGUGGCAGGACUACUUAAGUGGCCCCAAGGGACGUUCGCUUCAAAGGUUGUGCUGGACAAGGAGAAACAAACAGCAACAGUAGACCGAGAGGUGGAUGGUGGUAUUGAGACACUAUCUUUGGACUUACCAGCCGUCAUUACUACCGAUUUAAGAUUGAAUCAGCCCAGAUAUGCGACACUUCCCAAUAUAAUGAAGGCAAAAUCAAAGCCAAUAAAGAAAGUGACUCCUGAGGAGCUGAAUGUCCAAAUAAGAUCUGAUUUGGAUGUGGUCGAAGUAUCUGAACCUCCAAAGAGGAAAGCAGGGGUCAUUUUGUCUUCAGUGGAUGAGCUGAUCGACGAGCUUAAAAAUGAAGCCCAUGUCAUUUGAUUACCAUUUCGACAUAUAUAUUGUUCUGAUUCCCCAAGUUGUACAUGUUCCCUGGGAUUGAAUUUUCCAGUUGAAGCAGAGAAUAUAUGUGCAGAAUCACUCCCAUCCUGUAUGUAUGUCUUCUAUCAUAUUGGCCUUUGAUAGUUUUAUGAUCAUAGUCAUUGAAAGAACUGAAUCUAGUUAAGCAGCAGUAUUUUGUUAGACCUUGAAAGAUGGAAGUUGGUAUACAACAAAGUAUUGAGUUUAUGUGGAAAA